UUACUGUUUGUGGUCUUUUUGUUCAUCUACAUCAUUACCGUGAUUGGCAACCUCUCUAUAAUCUCAGCCUACAGGUUCAAUUCAGGCCUUCACACUCCAAUGUACUUCUUUCUAGCCAACUUCUCCUUUCUGGAGAUCUGUUACAUUUCCACGACAGUUCCCAAAUUGUUGUCGAGUCUUCUACUAGGAAUUAAAUCCAUCUCUUUCUUGGGUUGUGUUGCUCAGAUGUUUUGUUUUUUGCUCUUGGGUGGCACAGAGUGCUAUAUGCUUGCAGCAAUGGCAUAUGAUCGCUAUAAUGCCAUAUGUCAUCCCCUUGUGUAUGGUGUUAUCAUGAAUAAGAGAACCUGUCUAGGGCUUAUAGCUGUCUCAUGGAUUAGUGGAGCAAUAAACUCUUUAAUACAUACGGUUCUCACAUUCACUUUGUCCUUCUGUGGUGCCAAGACCAUCAACCACUUCUUCUGUGACAUCCCUCCUCUGCUUGACUUGGCUUGUUCUGCGACAGAGAUUAAUGAAAUUGUCCUUCUAGUGGCAUGCGGCUGUGUCAUUGUCAGUGCGUUCUUAUUAACCGUUGCGUCUUACGUGCGCAUCAUUUCAGCAAUACUUAAUAUAAAGUCUACCUCUGGGAGAAAGAAAGCUUUUUCAACCUGUGCCUCUCAUCUUAUUGUUGUCACUAUGUUUUAUGGCUCUGCUAUUUUCAUGUACUUCAGACCCAAAUCAAGCUAUUCCAUGAAUAAGGAUAGGUUGAUUGCAGCUUUGUAUGCUUUUAUUGCACCACUACUUAACCCAUUCAUAUACAGCCUCAGGAACAGUGACGUAAAAGUGGCCGUCAAAAAGAUUUUAUGUAGAAUAUUUAUAGUUCAAAGAUAUUAA